GGUUAGUGGCAACUGUUAGCUCCAAGUUUUCAUGUCUUCUUUCCACUCAUUCUCUCUUUAUAAACCCAUGAACCCUCGCACAUCUUCUCUCACUCUCAUCUCCAAAUGACUAACAAAAUCUCCAACCAAUAUUGAACCCAUAUCCAUGAUGAUGGAUAUAUGGUCCUGGAUCUCUGAGCUCCCUGACUUGGCAGACUGGACUGACUCGGACUCACCUUACAUCUUCGAACUCGCCACCUCCAAAGCUCUUGGAGAUGCUCGUUCUAUUCAACUCAGAGCAGAGAGAACUGCAGGCUCUAGCUUGGAAGCAUUGGUGACAUUCACUGUAUCCUUGCAGGGUUUUCACCCCCAUAAUGCUCCGAAGACUCUCUGGGUUUCUGACACAUGUCCUCUUAACUCGGAGAAACCUUUCUUUCCUCUAAUUCUCCAGCUUCUCCAAGAAAUCAUCAUCCGCUCACCUAUGGCACAAAAUACUACUUGUCCUCGUUCACAACUUCAAAACAUCAAACCCGAACCAAUUUCUUGGAUAAUGGAAUCUCACUCACCAGAGUCUUUUUCAAGUUUCUUCAACUUAGUGUUCCUAAUGCGCUUGUUUUGGCUCUGCGUGUGUGAUGCUCCUAGUGAAGUUGGGUCCCUGUACUUUGAAUCCCUAUUGGGCCCUAAUCUUGAAGCCUUGAGAUGUGAACAGGCCCCUGUCCUGCGAACUUUUCUUGUUACGGUGGGAGUGGAUGCUGAGCUCUGUUUUAUGCGCACCCUUGGGUACAUGUUAACAAAAUGGCUUAUUUUAAGGGAGGUCGGGGUAGGAUUACAUGUUUUAGCCCCCAUGCUGGGUCAACAAGUAAAGUUCUCUUAUGCAAUGGAGGCUCAUGGGUUUUGGGUACUGAAGGGUUAUGCACCCAUUUUGUCUAUGCCUCUUACUAAAAGUUCUAGCAAUAAUAAAUUUCCUGCUAUGGAAGCCAGGGAUUCAGUGCUAAAGUACACCUUGGCUCACCAACAGUUAGAGGCAAUCAUGCAGUUGGAAUAUUCAAUUAGUUUCCAUGAUGGGUAUAUUCGGGUCAAGGCACGAGUCGACAAUUUGAGGCUCCACGUGGUGAAAUUAGGGUUCAAGAAGAAUGAUGAUGUAGAUUACUCAGAGGAGAGGCAUUUUGUGUCUAGGGCUCGAGUUUGGGUUGGGCCAGAGGUUGGGGCAACUUAUGUUGUUGGAAUGAGCUUGGGUCGAUCCACUGACAAUGGAGAGAGAGAAGUGGAAAUGCAAAGAGCAGUGAAGGGGAAUUAUGAAGAAUCAAGAGCUCCUAAGGUGAAAACUAGAGCAAGAACGACUACAAGGACGAAGAUGAAAAAUUGGAGGUGGGAUCAAGAUGCAGAAGGGAAUAGUGUUAUCUUUGAUGCAGUAUUGUAUAACAAUACUACUGGUCAUGAAGUUGCCACAUGGAAAAUGGGUAACAAUAAUGAUAUGGGUGAUGGCAAAAGCAGUGGUGCUCGAAAUAGAUAUACUGGGCCGAAAAGACCGUUUACGAAAACAAGAGGGUUGGUUUUUGCAGGAGAUGAAUAUGGGGAGGGAGUGGAGUGGAGAUUGAGCAAGGAAAUGGAAGGCAGUGUAUUGAAGUGGAGAAUAGGAGGGCAAGUUUGGGUAAGCUAUUGGCCUAAUGAAGUGCAGAGUUCAUAUUUCGAGACUAGGUGUGUUGAAUGGUGUGAUGAGGUUGAUUUGCCUUUAAUUACGGGAAAAUAAACCCACUACCAAUGGAAAUAGUACUAUACUAGUGCUGAUAUUUUUGUAAAUAUAAAAAAGCAAAUAGAAGAGGUUCAGGUAUGUAGUAUAUGAAUAAAGUCUGAAAUAAAAGAACGUCCUAAAUGUAUUCUUACUAAA